UGAGACUUUUCUAUUUUAGUUCCCCGGGUCACGUGAUCCUCCCAGCCAGUGAGAGCGCUGCCGAAGUAAUGGCAACAACCUUCUGGGAUAAAUGUGGACUGCCAGCUGCUGAUCUCGCUGUUGACAGUAAAAGCAGAUAUGUUCCUUGCUCACUGCCAUUAGCAAUGACCAUGACCCUUCACACCAAAACCUCUGGAGUUACCCUGCUGCACCAGAUUCAAGGCACUGAACUGGAGACACUGAGCAGACCUCAGCUGAAGAUUCCCCUGGAAAGAUCACUCAGCGACAUGUAUGUGGAGAGCAACAAGACAGGAGUUUUUAACUACCCAGAAGGGGCCACUUACGAUUUUGGUACUACUGCUCCAGUGUACGGCUCUACUACGCUCAGUUAUGCCCCUACUUCAGAAUCUUUUGGGUCCAGCAGCCUGGCAGGAUUUCACUCACUGAACAAUGUCCCACCAAGCCCUGUGGUGUUCUUGCAAACGGCACCCCAGCUCUCACCCUUCAUCCAUCAUCACAGCCAGCAGGUACCCUACUACCUUGAAAAUGAACAGGGCAGCUUCGGGAUGAGGGAAGCUGGUCCUCCAGCCUUCUACAGGCCAAGCUCUGAUAGCAGGCGUCACAGCAUCCGAGAGAGGAUGUCCAGUACAAAUGAGAAAGGGAGCCUAUCCAUGGAGUCCACCAAGGAGACCCGGUACUGUGCUGUGUGCAACGACUAUGCUUCAGGCUACCAUUAUGGGGUCUGGUCUUGUGAGGGCUGCAAAGCUUUUUUCAAAAGGAGUAUUCAAGGGCACAAUGACUACAUGUGUCCUGCUACUAACCAGUGCACUAUUGACAAGAACAGAAGAAAGAGCUGCCAAGCCUGCCGACUAAGAAAAUGCUAUGAAGUGGGAAUGAUGAAAGGUGGAAUCCGGAAAGACCGCAGAGGCGGGCGAAUGAUGAAACAGAAACGGCAAAGAGAGGAACAAGAUUCCAGGAACGGGGAGGCUACUUCUACAGAGCUGCGAGCUCCCACCCUUUGGACAAGUCCACUAGUGGUUAAACAUAACAAGAAGAACAGUCCAGCCUUGUCCUUGACAGCAGAACAGAUGGUCAGUGCCUUGCUGGAAGCUGAGCCACCCAUAGUUUAUUCUGAAUAUGACCCAAACAGACCAUUCAACGAAGCAUCUAUGAUGACCCUGUUGACCAACCUUGCAGACAGAGAAUUAGUGCACAUGAUCAACUGGGCAAAGAGAGUUCCAGGAUUUGUGGAUUUAACACUCCAUGAUCAGGUCCAUCUACUGGAAUGUGCCUGGUUAGAGAUACUGAUGAUUGGCUUAGUCUGGCGCUCCAUGGAACACCCAGGAAAGCUUUUAUUUGCACCUAAUCUAUUACUGGACAGGAAUCAAGGGAAAUGUGUAGAGGGCAUGGUGGAAAUCUUUGACAUGCUGCUGGCUACUGCUGCUCGGUUUCGCAUGAUGAACCUUCAAGGGGAGGAAUUUGUGUGCCUUAAGUCCAUCAUCCUGCUCAAUUCUGGUGUGUACACUUUUCUUUCCAGCACCUUGAAAUCCCUGGAAGAGAGAGACUAUAUCCACCGUGUUCUGGACAAAAUCACAGAUACUCUGAUACAUUUAAUGGCUAAGUCAGGUCUUUCCCUGCAGCAGCAGCACCGGCGCCUGGCUCAGCUUCUCCUCAUCCUCUCUCACAUCAGGCAUAUGAGCAACAAAGGAAUGGAGCACUUGUACAAUAUGAAGUGCAAAAACAUAGUUCCACUCUACGAUCUCUUGCUGGAGAUGCUGGACGCUCACCGCCUGCAUGCCCCAGCAGCCAGGAGUGCUGCACCAAUGGAAGAGGAGAACCGGAGCCAGCUGACGACUGCAUCAGCUUCUUCUCAUUCCUUGCAGUCCUUUUACAUAAACAGCAAAGAAGAGGAAUAUGCAGAAUACAAUAUAAACAAAAGUCAGUAUAUAUAAUGGUAUGAGAAACCCAGCAGCGUACUACCUAGCUCAUGCUUCAUUUCAUCUGCAGUGCCACUCAUGUAAACACUCCAAUGACAUCAGUAACCUGUAUUUUCCAUUUGAGUGUUUGUCAAGCGCUUGCCUAAAUUGAUUGCUUAUUCUAAUUGAAAGACGUUUCAUUGCUAUGGACAGCCAGCAAGGAUUGGCAGGCUAACUUAAUUUGAAUUUGCAGUGUUUUAAUUUAUUUUUGCAUGCAAGUUGGGUAAGUCCUAAUAUAAACUUAAGCCUCCAUUUUACCAUAAAUUAAUAGGCCAUACCAGCCAUGCAUAUUGGUAUCUUCCUGAGUGGGAGCCUUUGUUGAUAUCCACCCCAAAUUCUGAGCCCAUUUAAUCCUUGAAUUGCUUGAAACUUUGAAGAAGUUUGGUAGAUUCUGAAUGAGUUUUAGUGAGGGAUAAUGGAAAGUUGAUUGGCAUUUAAGUGUGUCACAGUGAAACUGUACUGCUAGUGGCUGCCUUGGUAGUUUAGGUAGAUUUCUGCCUCUCUUCUUCUUAUAGUAGAAAGUACCCCCUUUCUUAAAAUUUCUGUUUUGCCUUACUGGCUUACAUCACCAGAUAGCUCCCUUUCAAGAUCAUACUGACCAAACUUUUAGGUCCUUUUAUCAUAUCUUCUAGCCAAAUUGCAUUGUGUGUAUCCUAUCCUAUGAAGCUAAAUUGUUCUGUUGCUCAGCAGUGUUUAAAACAAGGGCAAAAUAGCAAGCAAUGAUAAUAUAGAUAAUUGCUCUUGAGUCAGAUCACGUGAGUACAAAAACUCAUCAUGCCAGAAAAGAACCAACAACAAAAAUUAAAGCUCACCUUAUCGCACAUACAUUGUUUUAUGAAAAACAAAACAACAAGAACAAAACCAAAAACUUUCCCUCUCCUUUGCUUUGUUGCGCUACAAACCAAGGGGUGAUGACGUCAUAAGACUGGCAUAGGAGUGUGGGAUCGUCCCAUUCAUGGCAGUCCUGCCUACCCGGACUGUUGAGGGCCAGCAGAGCCAGAACAGUAGGUUUUGCAUUGGCUUUCUUCAGCUAUUAUUGGGGCAAACUCAAAAAUCACUGUUAAGUUCCAUCUCAUCUGUGAUAUCAGAAGUGGACAAUGUGUCUCAGGUACGGUGAAGGCUCCAGGACUGCAUGCUCAGGUGAAAGGAAGGUAAAUCUGGCUUUCUUCAUGCUUGUGUGUAACAGUUCUUCAUGCAGUUAGUUGGAUUCUUCACGUCAACCAUAAAUAUACAAAAGGUCCACUGACAGUAAGAAUUUCCGCAACUCAUGAAGGAGAGACACUGAAAAGAAGGACCGACCUAUCCGUACUAUAAACUGUCCAAAACAGGAUUUGGUGCUGCUGUUUGACUGCCUCUAGGAUAGAAAACUAAACAUGUCAGGGAAUGUUGCUGGGUACUGGAAUGUGAUUAUUAUAUAUGUUGGGGAUGAUUUAUUAGUUUAAUGAUAAUCUUUGCCUGUGAUAUCUGCAUGUCUGGUUUUCAGGUGCAGUUUGAGAGUUAGCAUGGACCACCAGGGACUAGUUCAAUAGCUGGUUGGAAGUGACCACCUGUCAGCGAGGAAGUUCUAUAGCAUGUGUAUAGGCUACUUCAUGGCAGCAGGCCACAGUGCUAGAGGAGGGUUUGGGGAUGCUUCUUUUACUACUAUAGUCAAUGUCUUUAUGUUAGGUUAUGCUGAUUGGAAUAUCCUGUAACUAAUUAUAGGAAAUAGUGUAACUAAUGCGGUACAGGAGUGCCUACGUCUAACCAUGCUCACUGUUAGACAAGCAGAAGUGAGUUUUCAGUGAGUUUCAGUUACAUAGCAAUUGUGAAGGCAGCAAGGCAUAGGAUGAGUUUGAGCUCCAUGUCAAGGAUUCAACUUUUUAGUGAGUGUAGAUAACGAUGUCCAUAACAAUUUAAUGUACAUAUCUGAGGAUACGUGCAGUUUAAAAGUCUAAAGAUAGAUGCUACCUACAUGCUUGAGAAGAUUCCUUGAAAACAGUGCAAGUCUGAAUGUGUGAAGCAAUCACUGUAAGUGAAUAGGCCUUCUAUUGAUGCAUAUUAUAGUAUCUUUUUUUUUUUUUUUUCUGAUGUGCUGAAGGAGUUGUAUUUUUAUGUAUUUAGUAGAGUGUGUGUGUGUGUGUGCGUGUGUGUAAGUUCGGUACCUAAGGGCUUUUGGAAGGCUUCAAAAUGCCUUGAAAAAAAAAUGCACAUUUUAUUUUUGUUUGUUUUGUUUAGUAGCUGGUUUUCAAAUGUGUUAGAAAAAUCAUGAAUGCCCUGAAAUGAGUGCAGGUUAAGAUUUGAAUGGAGCACAGGAAUUCCUGUAGAUACACUUAAGUACUUACAUUGCCAUUAUUCACUUGUAGCCCAGUGUGCAUUAGAGCUGCUUUUUCAAUGCUCUGUGUGCAGCUUGUGUGUUCUCUAUGACAGAACACAUGGAUCAAGCCUGUGGCUCAUCAGCUGCUAAGAAAAUUAGUUUAAAUAAAUGCCUUGCCUCCUACAUCCAAGAAGAAUUCAUUGUAUUGAUUUAAGUGUAAAUUUGGCCUCAAAGAAAAAAAAAAUAGUUGAUGGAGAGCAAUCCACAACAAAGGUCCAGAUUCUGAUGGUAUUUACAUAGGUUAAUACCAAUGCACUCUACAGAUUGUCCCAGUGAGGCUGGACAAGCAUGAUUUGGAGUGGUAUGCAGCAGACAGAACAGUAUCAAAAUGUGGCUUGUAACAUAAGAAAUAAUCAGUGAGUUUGCAGUUAUAAUUACAAAUGUUCUCCUAAGUUGAGACCUGGCAAUGAAGUUACUUAGUCAACCAGUCCCCCCGCAUAUGCUGCAGCACCACCAAGGGCAUUCAGGAAAGAAAAAGAGUGAUUGCCAAUGAUACAUUCAUUUACCUUGGGGCAGUUUCAUGAUCUGUGUCUUUAACUUGUUGAUGAUCUUUUAUUUGAAGUAGCACCUUAACGAAUAUAGUAAUCUUCCCAUAGUUAUCUAUAAAGAUGAUUGUCCACAUGCCAGACAGCUGAAUGUAGCUCUUCAAUGGAUUAAACAAAUUAUAUGCUAUAAAUGUGGCAACUUUUUUCAUAUGUAAUUCUGAAUUAUGCUCUCAUGUAUGCAGAAAAUUGUGCCUGCCAUUUGGUAAUUAUUAUUUCACAGGAUGCUAUUUCAUGUGUAUAUAUACAUAUAUAUAUAUACAUAUACAUAUAUACUUUAUAUUUGCAGCUGACAAACCAGUACUACCUGAAUACCUGGUGCUGGAUAUUAAACAAAAAUAUAUAGCAUGUAAAAAAAAAAAAAAAUCAAAGAAAAAUAUUCAAGGCAGCUAAUUAUGCUUUUACCAAAACAUUCAUAGUGAUGUCUCUGGACAGCUAAUGAAAGAAUUAUUUUAUAAUGUUUAUAUGUGGAUUUUUUUAAAAAACAAAAACAAGCAAACAAACAAAAAAAUACCAACACAAGAAAGCCCUAGAAACAUAGGCAAUGUAAUACCAGCAUAAGCCAACUAGAACUAGACCAGAUGAACUUGCUUUGCUUGAGAAUAUGGUUGUUGUAUUACCAAAAAAAAGAAAAAAAAAAAAAAGAAAAAAAAGGAGGAGACAGGAGCAGAGAUGAUAGAGUGAUGUGUAGCACCCAGUUGAAUGAGUUUCCAACAAUAUUUGAAAGCUUCUCUGGUUUGUAGUGGUUCGAGCCAUGUCUUCAUCUUGCAGACUUUGUCUCAGGUAAAACUCCCAGUUGGGGUUAGUAGGAUUUGUACUGGGGAAAAAUAUUUUAAUGAGCGUUUCUUGGUGUGUAUUUGUGGUAAAUUUUUCUAUUAGGUUUCAAUGAAAUCUCUUGAUUAUUUUUCUCCUUCUGUAUAGUAAGGGUUUUAACAAUUUAAAAAAUAUAUUUAAAAAAACAAAACUGAAAUGAGUUCCCAUGGAUAUUGCAAGGACUGUUAGCAGGUCAUUGGAACUUAAAUUGGAGAAAAAGAAAAAAAAGAAAACUUCAACUGCCUCCACACCCCUACCCUCAAAACAGGAUUUUAAUUGGAAUCCCUAUCGACCCCAAUUGAGGCUGACUGAUUUGUUAAGUGUUGAGCUAAAUGUUUAAAAUGAAACAAACUACCAGCAAUGUAAAAAUUCUGCCUCACUAGGGUAUGAGUAUUACCACAGACUUUGCAAUAUGGCAAACCUAUCUUGUAUAUAUAAAAUGCUACUUUAAAAUUAGCAUGCAAGCCAACCUAAAGCCAAUGGGAUUUUAUAUAUAAGGUAUUCUAGCUGAAUUUAUGUGAAGUGCAUUUCUUUCCCCAAAUAAAGAGAUGGCCUUUUUCAAUCCUAUUUGCAACCAUAAUAUAGUUUUACAGACAGAAAUUCAGCAUAUCUAAAGGAAGGGUCAUGUUACCAAUGGUAUUGUAAUACAAACCAGUCUUUGCUGCCACCUGCAACUGUAACAUAAUCUCAAAUUAAUCUGAGAAUUUUAAAUUAAUAUUUCCCUAACAUUAAUGUCCUACCCUUUCUACUUACAAUUCUCUUUCAUCUUUCAAAUGUAGAUAGCCUUAUACCCUGAUAAUUGUUUUCAAAAUGAUUGUUGCCCAGAGGGGUAUUCCGUUUUCCAUCGUGUUUAAAAAAAAAAAAAAAAAAAAAGCUAAAAAAAAAUCUUUUGCAUUCAGAUGUGCCUAAACAAAUAAAACUAAAAUGUAUAUGCUGCCAUCUUGCAAAUUAGUAUGCUCUGUACUCCUGUGUGCCUAUAAUUAUAUGUCUGUUUCUUCAGAAAGUGCCCAUUGGAAAAUGAAGGGAUAGACUGCUGGUCAUGAGACUUGCAUUAACAAGCCACUUUAUGUAUCACCUUAUUGUAUAUAAAACUAAUGCUUUUGUGUGCACUAUGUAGUCUGUCAGUGGAAAGCCCUUUCUUUGAUAUAGGCUCAGAUGCCAUAAUGUAUUUGUUGAAGUAUUCUGUUCUUUCACUGAUGCAUAUGAAAUUAUUGAUGUCUUUGUUUUGGUGAGUUUUUUUGUUUUAUUAUUCUUUUUUUUUUUUUUUUUUUCCUCUUUCUUUCUUUGUUUUGCACCUAAAAACUUACAGAGUCUAAAUGAAAAAUUUGAUAGGCUACCUGGAUGGUGCAAGAUUUUCACUGUAUUUGAUGUCAAAAUAAAGAAUUAACCAGAGAAAA